CCGGUUCGGUCCACGCAGCUGGCCGCGUACGCAACGCCUUCGAGUCCGCGGCGGGCACGAUGCAGCUGCUGGUGAGGGUGCCCUCUUUUCCCGAGCGGAGCGAGCUGGACUGCAGCAUUUGCUACCGGCCCUUCAACCUCGGGGACCGCGCGCCCCGCCGCCUGCCCGGGACUGCGCGCGCCCGCUGCGGCCACACGCUCUGCACCGCCUGCUUGCGCGAGCUGGCGGCGCGCGGCGACGGGAGCGGGGCGGCCGCGCGCGUGGUGCGCCUGCGCCGCGCCGUCACCUGCCCUUUCUGCCGCGCGCCCACCCCGCUCCCGCGCGGCGGGGUCACGGAGAUCUCCCUCGACCCGGGCGUGUGGUCACUGCUGGAGGAAAAGGCGCGGGCCAGGUGCCGACAGGAGGAGGCGGGGAGCCCGGCAAAGGACAGCGGCGAUGCAGGCCGAGAGGCAGACGACGAGGAGGAGGAGGCGAGCGAGGAGGGGGCGGAGCCCAGGGGCGCGGGGUGGCGCGCGCUCCGGCGGCUCUGGGCCAAAGUCCUGGUUCCCGCGCGCCGCUGGCGCCGCCCGCUGCCUAGCAACGUGCUGUACUGUCCAGAGAUCAAGGACAUUGCCCACAUGACGCGCUGCACGCUGUAACCGAGGAACCGGGAAGCUACGGCAGGAGGAAGGUGGGAGCUGCAGCCUCGGGCGCGCUUUAGUACAGGGGGCUCGUGUCCCGACCGCCCCCUCUCAGAUCCGGGAUUGGCGCGCCAUGAGGGAGUUGAGCCGAGGGCGGGAGGGAACGUCCUGGGAGUUGUUGAUACUGAGCUGGGGAGGCUCCUAGACGAACUCGCCCCCAUCUACUGACUGUGCCAGCCUUACAUCUUCAGAAUGGAGUGGCCCAGGGCUGAUGCAAACAAAGCCUACGUCGCUGUGGGAAGAGGACUGUUUCCUUUGCUGUGACUUUGGCUUUUUUCCAGGACAGCUUUCGCGUGUGGGAGCAACAGGUCCCAUUUUAGCAAUCCUAUGUCAAUGGCUUGAAAUUUUUUUUUAAAAGAUGGAACGGGAGAGGAGGCUAAUUUUCGUGUCAUGUUAGUCUCACUUCUCAGGCAUAUAGGGGAGCUGAGAAAAAUAAACCUUUUUUGUUUUGUUUUGUUUUGA